AUGUACGGCGUCAACGAUGCCGCCGCCGCCGCCGCCUCGAUCACCCACGCGGAGCCGGUCCCGGCGACCUGCAUCGGCGCCGUCGUCGGCAGCAAAGGCAGCGGCUUGCGGCACCUGCGCGAGACGAGCGGCUGCGCGGUCGAAGUGCCGCGCGAGGAGGACGCGUACGGCAAUCGCCACGUCAAACUGACCGGCGCGCCCGACCGCGUGCAGCUCGGCGACAUGAUCCUCCAGAUCUCGAGCGGCUCGUACCGCGGUCCGACGCCGAUGCCGAUGCCGCUGCCGCCGCCGCCCAACGCGGCAGGCAAGCCGCGCAAGCGGAAGCUCGACGCGCUCGCCCCCUUCCAGCCCCCCCACCACACCGGCCUGCUCCCGCCGGCGCCGGCGCACGCCGCGUCCCUCGCGCCACCGUACGGAGGGGCCGGCGCCUUCGGGGUGGCUGCGUCGCCGCGCUUGCUCUGCGGCAAGCUCGGCUCGCCCGACCGCCCUGCCGAGGCGGUGAGGUCCGAUGUCGUGAUCGACCCUCGCUUCCCCGACGCCGCCGCCGCCGCCGUCAACCCCGCCGCCCCCACGCCCGCCGCGUCCGCCGCCGCCGCCAGGGCAGGCCCGCCGGAGCUCACGAUCCGGCUGCUCUUCGCCGGAGAGGCGGUGGGUCGGCUGAUUGGCAAGGGGGGCGCCGGCCUCCGCGCUCUGCGCGAGAAGCACGGCACGCAGCACGGCGACGAGGUGCGGGUGCUCACUCUCUCGGGCGACGUGGUUGCUGUCUACUCGGCGGCGUGCGACGCGCUCGUGGCCAUGCGGAGCGAGACGCCCAUUGCUUAG